AUGCAAACAGAGAUUCUUGACAAGUUCCACCAAGGGCAUCUGGGAAUGGAAAAAUGCAAACUCCAAGCCAAGUCAGCUGUAUAUUGGGUAGGUGUGUACAAAGACAUAGAAAGGAUGGUUUUUACAUGCCACAUCUGUCAAAAGUACAGAAACUCACAACAAAAGGAGGAAAUGAUACCCAGUGACAUCCCAAGAAGGCCAUGGCAAGCUAUUGGAGUAGAUCUGUUCACAGAGAACCAAGAAUGGUACUUGAUAAUGGUCUGCUACUACUCCAAAUUCCCAUUUGUGAGAAAAGUGAAAGACCUGAGAGCCAAAACAAUAACUACAGUGGCUCGAGGACUUGUGUCAGAGCAGAUCAUAUGUGACAAUGGAACCCAGUUCACGUUUCAGGAAUUCAAAAAGCUAGCCAAUGAGUACGGGUUCAACAUUACAACCUCAUCUCCACACUACCCCAAAGGUCAUGGAUUCAUAGAAAGACAGGUGCAGACAAGAGAACACUAG